AUGAAAGAAGUACCAACUUCUAUAUCGUUUUUACUCAUUAUGGGUACGGGACAAACAAUUAUUCUUGUCGAUGGUGAGGCUCCACCACGUUUCAUACCUUCGACACGUUUUACGCUGGGUUUACUUGUCUUUUUUGCUUUCAUCGUUCAAUAUUCUCAACGUGUCAAUUUACCCAUUGCGAUUGUUUGCAUGGUUAACCGUACGAAAGCUGUUGAACAUCCACUGUUAUUUAAUGGAACAACAUCAGCCAUUACAAAUGAUUUAUCAAGAUAUUCAAACAAAAAUGACCUACUUGAUUUGACGCCAACAACGCUAAAGCCUAUUGUCAAAGCUUUGCACAAGCGAGGCUUUCUCGAUGAAAAGAAGUUCAAUUGGAUUGAAUUACAACAGCAAAUUCUCUUGGGAGGUUAUUGGGCAGGAUAUAUAUUCACUCAAAUGCCAGGUGGAUGGUUGGCAACCACGAUCGGCGCUAAAUGGGUGUAUGCCGGUUCGCUAUUCACGAGUUCUGUUACUAGUCUUGCUAUGACAAGCAUGUAUUUGAUGCCAAGUACACAUUUCACAUUAAUGUUCACUCUACGCUUCAUCAUUGGCCUUGCGCAUGGUGUUCUCUUUCCAGCAACGAUUGCACUUUGGUCAUUAUGGGCUGUUCCACAAGAACGAAGUACUCUUGCGUCGAUCGGAUUCUGCGGUACACAAUUUGGCACGUCAUUAACAAUGCUUCUUGGCGGGCUUUUAUGUCGCUAUCUAUCUUCCGGGUGGAUGUACUUGUUCUCUUUUACAAGCGUCAUUGGUUUUAUCUGGUUAUGUCUAUGGAUAAUGCUAACAUCAGAUUCUCCAAAUAACCACCGUACGAUUAGUAGUCAUGAACGAGAUUAUAUCUGCAAACUAACUGGGAGCACGGGAAAGAAACGUUCAAUGUCGUUAGGAUCGAUACCAUGGAAAAAUAUCUUUACAUCGAAACCAUUAAUUGCAUUAUUCAUAUCACAUAUCGCCAAUUUAUUUGGUUUAUUCUUCUUUUUGACAAAUCUUGGCAAAAUUCUUACUGAACUUCUUCGCAUACCAACACAAUAUACUGGUUAUAUCUUAGCUUGUGGAUUCUUUCUCACACUUCUAAGUAGUCUAUCAUCAGGUAUAAUUGCUGAUAAUCUCGUUCGAAGCAAUGUUAUGACAUUGACUACUGCAAGAAAACUGUUCAAUUCGUUAACAUCGUUUAUUCCUGUUCUAUGCAUGAUAUCAUUCUAUUUUUGCGAUCAUUCAAAAAAACUACUAGGCAUUGCCACUGUGCUCGUGUACCUCGCUGGUUCCGGAUUGGGUUACGGAAGCGGUUAUUGUGUGAAUUUUGCCGAUAUUGUCCCAGCAUACUCAGGCGUCAUUUUUGGUUUCGCCAAUACAUUUGCUUCAUUGGCUGGUCUUAUCGGAAACAUCGUUGCUGGUAUGGUUGUCACGAAACCAGUUUUAGAGCAAUGGAGAAAAUUAUACGUUAUGUUUGCCAUUGUUUACUUUAUUGGUGGUAUUGCGUUUCUAUUCUUCGGUACCGCAGUACCACGUAAAUGGGCGAAAUUUCAAUCAGCAGUUGCCGAAAAAGAGAAGAAAUUGAAUGAUGAAGAAAGUGUGCCUAUGAAUGAGCAAAAGCAGAUCAAAGCUUAG